AUGUUUCAGCUUGUUAAGAAGUUGGGUUUCUUAAAGCAGAAGAUUAAGGUGUGGAAUGUAUCACAUUUCAAGAACAUUUUUGGAGAAAAGGCCAGGAUUCAGGAAGAAAUUGAACAAAUUAAUAAGAGCAUUAUGGCUUUAGGAAUGUCCUCUCUUUUGUAUGAUAGGUUGAAGUUGUUGAACUUUCAACUUACUGAGACUUUGGCUAGGGAAGAAUCUUAUUGGAGGCAGAAGUCUAGAGACCUUUGGCUCUCCGAAGGGGAUAGAAAUACUAAGUUUUUCCAUUCCUCAUCCAAGCUCAAGAGACAGCGUAAUCGAAUUUCCUGUAUUACUGACUCUAAUGGGAACAAUUUGGUGGAUGAGGAAGAUAUUGCUUUCAAAGCCAUUAGGUUCUUUAAGUCACUUCUUACAGUAGAUCUAGUUGUGUUAGAUAAUGAGAUUAUGCAAUCGAUCCCCUCUUUAGUUUCUCAAGAAGAUAAUAAGAAGCUUAUGGCUCCCUUUAUUCUAGCUGAACUGAAAGAGAUAGUCUUUUCCAUGCAUCUAGAGAAGGCCCUGGGUCUGGAUGGGUUUACGGCACUAUUCUUUCAAAAGUGCUGGGAGUUUAUUGGGAAUGAUGUAUUGUUAGCCUUGGAGGAAUCUAGAAGAAAUAGGUCUAUUCUUAGAGAGCUUAAUACUACUCUAAUUGCUAUCAUUCCAAAGGUGGAUAAUCCUACUUCAUUCUCGGAUUUUCAUCUGAUUUCCUUGUGUACUACUUUAUAUAAAAUCUUUACUAAGGCAAUUUUGGUUAGGCUCUCUAAGCUCCUUCCUCGGAUUGUUUCCCUGGAGCAGGGAGGAUUUGUACUUGGUUGGGAAAUAUCUGAAGGUGCGAUUGUAGCUCAUGAAAUUCUGCACUCCAUAUCUCAACAAAAGAAUCUGGCUAUGAUACUUAAGCUAGACAUGCUUAAGGCUUAUGAUUGGGUUAAUUGGCAAGCUCUUAGGGUUGUUUUGCAUAGAUUGGGCUUUUCGCAUUGUUGGGUUAAGUGGGUGUUUUCUUAUAUAUCAUUUGCUUGCUUUUCAGUUUUGGUUAACGGUUCCCCUUCAAGGUUUUUUGCUUCCUCUCAAGGACUUAGACAAGGGGAUCCUUUGUCUCCUUUUCUUUUUAUUCUUUUGGUUGAAGCAUUAAGUAGGGCCAUAUCUAAUGCUACAUCGUCUGGUUUAUGGUCAGCUGAGAAAGGAGAUUAUGUGCCAGCCAUGUUUGUGUUUGGAGAUUCCCUAGGAGAUGCAGGGAACAAUAACUACAUUCCACACUCUACAGCGCGUGCAAAUUUCACACCUUAUGGCAUCUCCUUUUUCCCCCAUCCAACUGGUCGCUUCACCAAUGGCCGCACCACUUUCGAUUUCCUGGGUACCUACUUGGGGCUACCUUUUGUCCCUCCAUAUCUGGAACCAAAGGCAAAUUUUAGUCGAGGGAUCAAUUUCGCCUCAGGAAGUAGUGGAUUGCUCGACUCAACAGGGACUGGAGAUAAUAUUAUCACUAUGAGUCGCCAAGUAUUUCAAUUUCAACAGUUUUCUUAUAUUCUAAGAAAGACACACCCAUCUGGAGAUGCAAAUGCGAAGUCCUACAUAAGCAACUCUUUAUUUUGCAUUACAAUUGGAGGUAACGAUAUCGGUGCCUAUAUUGCUAACGCUACUUUCCAAAACACCACUACUCCUGAACAGUUCGUUACUCUGCUGGUCUCCGCAUUCGAUCAGUACUUAGCACUUCUUUACCGUGCUGGGUCAAGGAAAUUCCUUGUAGUGGAUGUUCCAGCUUUGGGAUGUACUCCUUAUACCAGACUGUCUGGAUACACCAUAGCCAAAGGUGAAUGUUUGGAGAGCGCAAACCAGCUGGUCGUGGCAUACAACAAUGCUUUACAGUCACUUGUGGCUCACCUUAGGAGAAAACUAGGUGGAGUAACGAUCAUCCAACUAAAAACUUAUGACUAUUUCAUUAACAUUAUUCAAAACGCUGAAGCCUAUGGAUUUAAGAAUACAAAUACAGCAUGUUGUGGGUCAGGAUUAUUUAACGCACAAGUAAACUGUGGAAAGACAACUCCACAGAACUUGUUUUGCAAUGAUACAAGUGCAUACAUGUUCUGGGAUAGAACCCAUCCCACUGAAAAACUUCAUGCCAUGUUUUCACAACAGAUUUGGAGUGGAAAUUCUUCUUUUAUCCACCCAUUUAAUCUCUCUUCAGUAGUCUUGGGAAAUAACGCUUCUCCUCUCCGAAUCUAUGUUAUCAGAAAUGAGAAACAAGAAAUGCAACGGCAACAAUAA